CUUUUGAACUGAUGGCGGCGGCGGCGGCGGCGGAGCUCCGGUGUCCCUGACGCGCAAGGGUCGCCUCGCUCUCUCGUCCGACUUCGGCCGCGGGACCCGGGACCCGGGAGGCUCAGCGGAGGCGGAACCAUGGGCCCGCGCCGCAAGCCCAGGACCCCGACGAGACGCCCCGCCAGCCCGGUCGCCGGACCCUCGCGGCCAUCCACGAGCCCGCGCCGCCAGCCGAGGACCCCGGGGAGGCGGCCCUCCAGCCCGACCCCCGAGCCCUCGCGACGGAGCUCCCAUCUAGGCACUUCCGGUCUGCACAGGAGGCGGAAACUUCUGUGGCUUAGGGAAGUUCGGAGACUGCAGAAGAGCACUGACCUCCUGUUGAGGAAGCAGCCUUUCAGCCGGGUCGUAAGAGAGAUAUGUGGGAAAUUCACUCGCGGUUUGGACUUAUAUUGGCAAUCCCAGGCCUUGUUGGCCCUUCAAGAGGCAGCAGAAGCGUUUCUAGUUCACCUCUUUGAGGACGCCUACCUCCUCACCUUACAUGCCGGCCGGGUCACUCUUUUCCCCAAGGACGUGCAGCUGACCAGGAGGAUCCGGGGCAUCGAGGCAGGACUCGGCUGAGCUAGCCAUGGGGUGUGUGUCCAGACAACACCUGGGACCUUCUGGAGCCACAGCUGAACCAGUGGUGCCUGAGGAGCUGCCUGGACUUGGCUGGUUUUGAACAGCGUGUCCACAUUGCUCUUUAAACUUUCUUUCUAAAAGAGAAGACCGUGUGGCUUUUCUCUGUGACAGAGGAAAAAAGGCCAUCCGCAGCACACACCCAUGGACAUGAGUGUUUGCAGACCGAAGGUCAGCUUUGGCUUGUGAACUGCUCGACCAUGUGACCGUUAGAGGGUUUCAGACAUGGAAGAUCGGCCGUGUUGGGAGGGGGUAGUGUUAUUUUAGUCUUUCUGUACUCUGUAUCUUUUAUCAGUUGUGUAUUUGUACUUUUAUUUAAAAUAUAAGGGAGAAAAAUCUGGGUAAAAUGUUUGAAUCUGUCGUAUGGAAAGCCCUGGAAACCCCACCAUAUAAAUGUCUGCCUUCCAGAGUGACCUCAUCACCAGUGCCUGUCAGCAAACACGCAAAACUUGGAAAUGAAUACAAAUCUCUUCUUCCUUCCCUUCAGGGCUCGGACUGUACUGUUGAGCUCCAUCCGUAGCCUGAAGUAUACAGUCUGUCUAGUUCCCACCAGUAAAUUCCUAUCAAAACCAUUCAGAAUUGGACAUUUUAUUCUUAGCUGUCAAUCAUAUAAAAAGGUAUCAUAUCAGUCUGGGCUUUUAAAAUGUGUUUUUUGGCAUUUUUACAGAGACUUCUUUUUAGCUUAUUUGGGGAGAAAGAAUUUUUUUAAAUCCCUUAAUGAAAAAAUUAAAAUAAAGUUGCUGUUAUAGUUAUA